AUGGAGGACCCAUUCGUUACCACGUCCGGGCAGACCCCUGCUCCGCGCGAAUCGCAUCGCUACUCCUCGUUCGACACCCAGCUGUUCAACCUGAACUCGUCUUCGCCCGCACAGGCGAAGCGCGCCUUGGAGGCUCAUCUCGCAGAGACCGAGCGACGAUUGGAGGAGGCAUCCAAAUUGGGCACGGCCCUUAUCGAGCAGCAGCAGGCCCUCACUGAUCGCUUGAAGGAAGUUGAGCAGCAGCAAGAUGAAGGAGAGAUGGGUCCAGAGCUGCGACAGCGGUUAGCCGACUUGGAGCAAGAAUAUAAUGAGAUUGGCCGCGAAACCGCUCGCGCCUUCUUGGGCCCCAAGCGCAUGGCAGCUGGCUUGGAGGACACGCAAUCAGGCACGUCAGGGUUUGACCAGAAGGUAAUCUCUAAUCCACUUCACACAUUGGCAAGGUUAACUCGAUGCUCUGAUUCUGACCACGGCCGCUCGUCUCAGUCUCCUCUCAGUUCUGCGCUCUUUGCCUCACAAUCGACCAAUUCGCCUAGCAAAGUGAGUGUGCCAUCUCGCAAACAGCGCAAUCAACCGUCCAGCCGUGUGCACGAUAUCGAGUUUGCCACGGAAAUCUCGACCUCUCUUCUCGCCCAAGUGCGUCAAUUACAGGCAAUGUUGGCGGAGAGGGAGGAAACGCUCAAGGCAGUGAAUCUCGAAAAAUCGCGAUUGGAGAUCGAGGCAGAGGGUUACUCGCAGCGAAUCCGCGCCCUCGACGAUAGCGAGCAGCGCUACAAGGAUGAGAACUGGGCUCUCGAGACACAGACUCAUGAACUCAUGGCUGCAAUCCGAGAUGCAACUGAGCGCGAGAAGCGGCUGAAUGCCAGUCUGAGCUCCGCGAACGCAGAGAAGAACGCAGUCGAGAGAGAAGUGGAGGAGUUGCGGCAAACCAAUGCCAAGCUGGCCGAGGAACAGGCGAUUGCGCAAAAAAUGAACGACUCGGAGAUCCAUCUUCUGCGCCGCAACCUCACUGCAGGCGACGCGGAAAAGCUCGCUCUCCAGAAGAAGCUCGAGGAACUGACCGGUCAGAAUCAAGAGCUGGCUAAGGCAGUUGCCAUGCGCAUUCGUCAAUACGAGUCGCAAGAUGCCCGAGCCCUGCCGGACGAGCUCAACGAUGAUGAUGACGACCAGGUCACGCCCGAGAGUUCGCCUCCACAAUCACCCAACAAGUUCACCCCUCGACAUGGCCACCUGGAGACUGAAACACUCAAGAGCUCGCUCGGCCAUGCGCAUCGAAUGAUCCAGAAUCUCAAAAGUACAAUUCACCGCGAGAAGACUGAAAAGAUCGAGUUGAAGCGCAUGUUGCAGGAAGCUCGAGAUGAGGUGGAGCAGCGUCGUCGCGAGACCAACGCCUCCAAUGCUUCCGUUAAGCGGUUGAAGACAAAGGAAGCAUCGGUUCGCAAGCCUGCCCGCCCGGACCUUCUGGGGGCUGGUCGGAAAGAGAGGGCAUCCGUGGAGCUGGAAUUCCAUGAUACGGACUGGGAGGACAAUGCCGGCCAGGGUAGUCCAACCAGGCCCGCCGCACCUGCUAGGGAUGCGCGAACUCGGUCCAUGGUCGACUCCUCGACUGAUGAGCCGAGCGAUGUGUACCAGACCGCGACCGAGGCCGAGGAAGGCUUCGAGACAGCCAAUGAGCGUGCCACAGCGACCGAAAGUGACGCUUUCCAGACUGGCCUCGAAAGCAUGGCUGGUGACAGCAGCGAUGAUUCGGCUGAUCUGACAGAGACCGAAACCAGCCUUCAGAGGACCCCCCGCACUCGUCAGCCAUCUCUGCUCAUGAGCAAGACACGCGAUCGCGAUCCGUACCACAGCACAGCCUCGGCCACAUCUGAUGAGGAGGAUACUGAUGGCGGAUUCCCAUCGCCCGGACAACAAACCCAUUUCUCUGGGCGCCGAGUUCGGACCAAGCGAAGUGUGCUCCGGCGAAUCCGUCCCUCUGGUGAGGCUCCGAUGGCAAUCAACAGCCGCCCGUCCAGCGCACGCGCUUCUCCUGCUCCGAGCUUCGAGGAGCAACCUGCGCCUCUCGGGGGUCAGAGCCUCUUCGCGGAACUCGCAGAGUUGGAGGGUGGUGAUGAAGACGACGAUGGAGAUACUGUUGCAGCUUCUCCACUCUCAACUCCACGCAUGAGCCCUUCAAAUGACUCUCGUAGACCAUCCGAGGUGAUGCUUGACACAAUUUCCGAGCCUGUCAUGGUUGACUCAGGGGUGAUGACUGAUCCAUGGGAGCCCAGUACGUCCAUUACUGGUAUGAUUGGCGCCGCGGCUGCGGGAGCUACCGCUGCUGGCGCAACUGGAGCUGUGCUUUCCACCCUGCAUGACCGGCCAACUACUCCUCGACCGAAUAUUGGGCGUGAUGUUACUCCGAACGACGAUGAACAGCCCGGCAUGACCAAUUCAAGCACCCAGUGGACACCCCUCAAGCAUGUCAAUGUGGACCAAGAUCAAAUGGCGAGCGUCCCAACACCACCCAAAAUGGCUUGGGACGAUCGGUCAGUGAAGGUAGAGCUGGUUGAAGCCGGUACGCAGGCUGAGCCGGUGGAAAUGAGUGUCGCCUCCAUUUCCAGUCAGGAAACCCUCCCUCUACCGCCGCGUCUGCCUGAGCUUACUACCUCAUAUUUCUCUUGCGGUUUCACUGCGCCCGAGGAACAUACGAGUCCAGUUCUUGAACUUCCCAAGCUGGUCUGCUCCUCAAUUGAGUCCCAGUCGACUGCGCCUAAACAGGCAGUUGUUCCACCGCUUGAGCCCGUCAUACCCUUUGAACCUGUGCGAGAGCUUCCUGAGUUGUCGCUGUCUUCUCACUUUGUUCACUUCACGGAGCCGAUUCAAGCUCAAUUGGCCGAGCCCGAACCUCAGCCAAUCCCUGUCGUUGAGGAAGUUGAAGUGCCCCAGAUGGAGGUGUCAAAUGUCGCUUCGCAGCACACUGAACCAGCAAUGGCCGUUCCAGCCCCUGCGCCCGAACCGAUCGUUCUUCCUGCGCCGGUGCCAGUACCUAUCCUGCCAGAGUUGGCAAUUUCAGAGCUAGCUGUAGCUGCAACAGUUCCGGUCAAGGCCAUGCCUGCCCCCGCACCGGAGCCAAUAGUCCCCAAUCUCUCGUUGUCUCUGCUUGAGCUUUCAUCGACAGAGCCAGUGCAAGCCAUGGUGGCUCCUCCACCGGAACCAAUCGUUAUUCAAGCCCCAGUCCCAGAGCCUGUCCUCCCAGAUCUGACGAUUGCUUUGACGGAACCGACAUUCACCGAGCCCAUUGCGCCAGCGGUGGUUGGGUUACCGGACCACCCGGUUCACGCUAUCUCUGAUCUCAGCUUUAUCGAGACUAAACCCUCGGAAGCUCUUGCCAAGCCUGUCAUUUCAAUGAGCCACAUCGCCAUGCAAACAGAUUUUACAGAUAUGGCAAAGGCUACAGUGAUGACCGCUACUGCCAUGGAGAACGGAGGCGUAUCACCCGACAUGGAGCAACGAGCUGGCAUCGAUCACACUGCUGAGCGACGAGUCAGUGCUGGAUUGGCUUUGAAUGAUGUGGCUGGCAAUGCAUUGCUCCCCGAGUCCGAUAGACAACAACCAAGCUUCGUUAGCUCUGAUCACGGCUGCCAGACGAUCCUAUCUUCCAAGCAGAUCGACCAGAUCUUGAUGGAUCGAGACUCUUCUCGUCCGAUCUCUUCCGCCAGCUCUGGUAAACACGCCGCAGAAAUGGCCGCAAUUGGUGCAGCAGCAGUGUCUCCCUUUGCUAUUCCCAAGCUCCGAUCUACCAGAUCUGCGACAUCGAGCCAGAGACGUCCGGAUACCGCAACAAGCCAGAAUUCUUCCCUCAGCGUGCACCCUCCAUUGCCAGCUGACCAUCGUGAAGCUAUUGCCGCUGCGGAGAAGAAGUCUAUCGACCUUCCACAUGCACCAUUGCCCGCCAACAUGGGGCCCCCUGCAGCACCAGCUUCAGCUUACCGAGUGAACGUGCAAGCCGCUCCGCGCACGCCCAACGAGCCCAGCACAGGUCCUGGCUCUGCUCGGACCUUGUCCACUCAGGCGCGCGUGCGCAGAGGUAGCCAGAGCCAAAUGUCAAGGCGGUCCUCGGUGUCCUCCUUUGCUUCUGAGCUCGAUGAGCGGUUCAAUACUUCUUACGCUGGACCUAUAGCCAACGGCUACAAUGCCAACACGGACCCGCGCAUGAUCCAAGCAAUCACGCAGACUAUGAUUGGUGAAUUCUUGUGGAAGUAUACGCGCAAGACUGGUUCCUCUGACAUGUCAUCUACCCGACAUCGCCGCUACUUCUGGGUUCACCCUUACACGCGCACACUAUACUGGAGCGAGCAGGACCCCCAGACCGCAGGCAAGGCCCAGUUGCGAACCAAGAGUGUGCCCAUUGAGGCUGUGCGUGUAGUUGCAGAUGAUAACCCGUACCCUCCGGGUUUGCACUGCCGAAGCCUGGAGGUUGUUAGCCCUGGCCGCCGGGUCCGCUUCACCGCAACGACGAGUCAAAGGCAUGAAACUUGGUACAAUGCCUUGUCUUAUCUGCUUCUCCGAGACGGAAGCAAAAAGUCUGAAGACAACGGCAGUGUGACCUUGGAUGACAUUGAUGAAUUCAAUCCCGGAUUCCGAUCGUCGUCCCGUCUGGCCACUCGCAUGUCUGUUUCCUCGUACAACAGCCGCACACUUCGCCAGAGGCCGCAGCGCGCCACCUCAGCCAUGUCAAUGCGAUCUGGAGCAGGAACACCUGGACGAGCUUCUCCUGCAUUGAGCACCUCAGGGCCCAGUGGAUCCUUACAAGUCCCGGAUGAUUCCCACCCGAGGUCUUCUUCUCGCCUCAGCUCGAUCCUGAAUAGCUCCAUUCGUGGCUCAUUUUCCAGUCUGAAGACCCGUAAUGGACAGCCAGCAAGUCUUCCCGAUGAGAGCAUUCGCGACAAGCCCAGCAUGGAAACGCUUUCACAUGAGGCCGACGAUGAAGACCGGCUAGAGAACGUCCGCGCGUGCUGCGAUGGCAAGCAUGACGUGGGUUCGCUCUCACGCAACAGCAAGUUCAGCCCGCGGGUCAACCGCAUGCAUUCUCAUCAUUAA